AUGAAGAGACUUGGCAGCUCUGAUUCCUUGGGUGCUUUGAUGUCCAUCUGUCCAACCACAGAAGAACACAGCCCAGGGCACAACCAAGUUUACCCAAGGCAGUUCCAGUCCAUGUUGGAAGGCCUAGAGGAAGAAGACUGUGGUGAAGAUUCAGGUCAUAUCGCGGAGAAGAAAAGGCGAUUAAGCGUGGAGCAAGUGAAGGCAUUAGAGAAAAAUUUCGAAGUCGAAAACAAGCUUGAACCAGAGAGAAAAGUGAAGCUUGCUCAAGAACUUGGGCUGCAACCAAGGCAAGUAGCUGUUUGGUUCCAAAACCGCCGCGCUCGGUGGAAAACCAAGCAAUUGGAGAGAGACUAUGGUCUUCUCAAAGCCAGUUUUGAGGCACUCAAGCACAAUUAUGAGACACUUCAACAUGACAAUGAAGCUCUACUCAAAGAGAUAGGAGAAUUGAAAUCAAAGCAACAUGAGGAGAACUCAGAGAGCAAUGCCUCCGUGAAAGAAGAAGCAAUGUUGUCUGAAAACGAGGACAAAGUUGUGGAAGACACUAAGCCACCCACAAAUUCUCUCUCUAAACGUGAAGCUGCUGAACUGAACUACAAGAGCUUCACCACCAACAACUAUAACAACAAUGGAGUAGUCGGAGACUCGUUGCUUCCAGAUUUCAAAGAUGGUUCUUCUGAUAGCGACUCGAGCGCGAUCCUGAACGAAGAAAAUAAUAGCCCAAAUGCUGCCAUUUCUUCAUCUGGGGUUCUUCAGGGCCACCAGUUCUUGAUCUCUAAUGAAUCUUCAAUGCUGAAAUUCAACUGUUCUUCGUCAUCGUCGCCUUCAUCGAUGAAUUGUUUCCACUUCUCAGAGGCAAAGUCGAUUCUUGGGGAUGAUGCCCAGAAGGCGUAUCUGCCACAGUUUGUGAAGAUUGAGGAGCACAAUUUUUUCGGUGGGGAUGAGUCCUGUAAUUUCUUCUCGGAUGAACAAGCUCCAACUCUUCAAUGUCAAGUUGCAGAUAAAUGGGUCAGUGCAGAAGAUGAGAUAAAAGAGAGGAAAGAGAGUGAUUCACGUGGAGGUGUGGUGGCAGUUGGACUCUGGGUUGGGCUAUAA